AUGCCUCGCAGCUUUAACAUAAGUGUCCCAGCGUCUUCCGCUAAUAUCGGUCCUGGUUACGAUGUGCUUGGUAUCGGUUUAGCGUUGUACUUGACGCUUGACGUUGAGAUCAACACCAAAAACGCCCAAGAUACCAAUUCAGAUCCAAACAACUGCAAAAUCACUUACACUGAGGAUAGUGAGGGCUUUGGAAGUGUUCCGUUGAAAUCGGACGAAAAUCUGAUCACUAGAACUGCUCUAUACGUGUUGAGAUGCAAUGGGAACAGAUCUUUCCCAUCAGGAACAAAAGUCCAUAUACAUAACCCAAUCCCACUGGGACGCGGGCUGGGAUCCUCUGGAGCUGCUGUUGUGGCUGGUGUCAUGCUUGGCAAUGAAGUGGGUCAACUAGGCUUCUCCAAACAGCGUAUGCUGGACUACUGUUUGAUGAUUGAACGUCAUCCAGACAACAUCACAGCUGCCAUGAUGGGUGGUUUUGUGGGAUCGUUUUUGAGAGAUUUGACGCCUGCCGAAAUGGAGAGACGUGAAAUCCCCUUGAGUGAAGUCUUGUGCGAGCCCAGCGGUGGUGAGGACACCGGUCUGGUACCUCCCAGUCCGCCAACUGACAUCGGUCGUCAUGUGCGCUACAACUGGAACAGGGUCAUUAAGUGCAUUGCCAUCAUUCCAAACUUUGAAGUCUCUACGGCCGAUUCCAGAGGUGUGUUGCCUCAAGCUUACACGGCAAAGGAUUUGGUUUUCAAUUUGCAAAGACUAGCCGUGUUAACCACCGCUUUGACUCAGUCUCCUCCAAACUCCGAUUUGAUUUACCCAGCAAUGCAGGACCGUGUCCACCAACCCUACAGAAAGACCUUGAUUCCAGGCCUCACGGAGAUCUUGUCUAGUGUAACCCCAUCCACGUACCCCGGUCUUUUGGGUAUAUGUCUUUCUGGUGCUGGGCCCACCAUCUUGGCUCUAGCCGUAGACAAUUUCGAAGACAUUGCCUUGGAAAUCAUCAACAGAUUUGCCAAGAAAGAGAUCGGCUGCAGCUGGAAGCUACUCGAUCUUGCAUACGAUGGUGCAACGGUUUCUACUCAAAAAUCUAGCAAAGAGCAUGAAGAGAAAAACUAA